GUGAGGCUCUACUCCGAAGUGGGGCCGUCCGAAACGCUCUGGACCACAAGCCGGACUCCACCCAGCAGGGAGGGAAAGGAAAACAGAGUGGGCUGAAUACCGCACCUCACCACCAGCAGCGGAGCUCCAAGGUCCUCCGCUGAAGAACCAUCCAGACUCUGAUGUCGAGGUGAACUUAGAUCACUCCUGGGCGAGGUCAGUGUGUGAGAACGCCAGCUUCCCCCCACUCCCCAUUUUUCUCCCUCUUGAUAUAGCCCAAACAUGGGCAACGUGCAGGAACGGCCAUCUGAGAUCAUUGACCGGGAACGGAAACGGCUGGUAGAUACCUUGCAGGCUGACUCUGGGCUGCUGCUGGACGCGCUGGUGGCCCGGGGCGUGCUCACCGGGCCUGAGUAUGAAGCCUUGGAUGCGCUGCCUGAUGCUGAACGCAGGGUGCGCCGCCUGCUGCUGUUGGUGCAGAGCAAGGGCGAGGCAGCCUGCCAGGAGCUACUGCGCUGUGCCCAGCAUACCGUGCGUGUGCCAGACCCCGCCUGGGAUUGGCAGCACGUGGGGCCUGGCUACAGGGACCGCAGCCAUGACCAUUCAUGCUCGGGCCACUGGACGCCCGAGGUACCCAGUUCAGGGACCACAUGUCCUGGGCUACCCAGAGCUACAGAGCAAGAGGAGGUCGGAGGUCCUGAGGGCUCUGAGGCAGUGCAAUCUGUAACUCCAGAGGAGCCCGAACUAGACGCUGAAGCCUCUGAAGGGGACGAGCCGGACCCGGAACAACAAACGGAACCGGAGCCAGAGCCAGAGGUAGAACCAGAGCCUGAACUGGAGCCAGAGCCAGAGCCAGAACUGGAGCCCGAGCCUGACUUCCAAGAAGACGAUGAGUCUGAAGAUUCCUGAAGGCCAGAAUCCUGACCUGUACAAAUCCUACCCAAGCUGGGUAAGACCUGGGAACCUGCCAGAGCUUGACCCAAUCAAUACACCAAGACUCCAUUUACCGCAAAAUGAAUAAACUCGGAAGGGUUAACCUGGA